AUGUCAGUCUUCUUCGAUUCUCCCUUAGACCCUAGUCUAAUAGCGAUUGAAGAGCCUAAAUUGCUUCUUGAAUCGAUUAGCAUCACUGAUGGCAUAACUCUGGAAGAGUCUGGAGACUACCGCCAGCUGUUAGCGGGCGUUCAUGAUUGUGCAGAGAAGAUCCUUCGACUGCCAGACUACCAAUGCUCCUCCGACUCGCCAGCAUAUCCUCGAGGGAACAUUCAUCGUCCGACUGAUGAGGAAAAUGUCCUCGGACAUGCCUGGGCCCACAGGUUCCACAUCAGAGGCAACCCAAGCGGUGGCCCGCUGAAGGGAAAGACCGUCUGUCUGAAGGAUUGCAUCGCAGUCGCGGGAGUGCCGCAGUUCUUUGGAACCGACGCCUUUGCUCCAUGGACUCCGAAAAGGGACGCCGCCGUUGUCACGCGGGCAUUGGACGCUGGUGCAGAGGUAGUCGGCACUGCUACAUGCGAGAACUUUUGCAAUUCGACUUCGUCCUUCACAAGCGCGCAGGGCGUCGUAGAGAAUCCCUUUGCAGAAGGCUAUUCUUCUGGCGGCAGCACCUCCGGCGGCGCAGCCUUGGUCGGGGCAGGCCAUGUUCACAUUGCAAUCGGCGCCGACCAAGGUGGGAGUAUCAGAAUUCCAGCGGCAUUCUGUGGUUGUGUUGGACUAAAACCGACGCAUGGCUUGGUUCCCUACACCGGCGUCACUAGCGGCGAUGCGAUCAAUGAUCAUGUCGGACCGAUCGCGAGGACCGUGUUGGAAGUAGCAUCAUGCUUGGAUGCGCUUAGUGGACAGGACAGGCUGGAUGACCGUACCCUCGGAGCGCCCCCUCGCGGCUCGACCUCCUUUGCCAAGUCUCUGCGCCCUGCGUUGAGCAGCACUGCAGGCUUUAGGGUUGGGAUACUGGUAGAGGGAUUUGAGCACCAGCUGGUUGAUCCCGCAAUCAAGGACCUCGUCUUGCGCGCUGCACGCAGGUUCGAGACGCUCGGAGCGAUCGUCGAGCAGGUCUCGGUACCAUGUCAUAUGGAGGGACCGGCUGUUUGGACGAUUCAGCAACGCAUCUCAGGAGCCCUGAACCUUUUGGGGCUUCAGCACGGCCGAAGGGGUUUGUAUCCGACAGAAUUUGAAGAAGCGCGCCUCCCUUGGACCAAUGCCAGCUUCCAACGGCUGUUUCCUACAACAAAGAAUACGAUGAUCAACGGACUGUACCUUGCGAAGAACUUCCCUGGUCUCUAUCCAAAGACCCUUAACCUAGCGCAACAGCUGAAAGACUCGUAUGAGAAACUUUUUGAGACGUACGAUGUUGUUGUCAUGCCCACGGUGCCUUGCAUCGUGCCGAAGCAUGUGGACUGGAGACAAGGAGAAUCGCCACUGAAGGCUUUGAAGCCGAGCGUGGGCCUUACCAUCAACACUGCAAUCUUCAACAUUACGGGACAUCCGGCCAUGACCAUUCCCGUCGGCUUCUUGCCCGCAAAGGACGACCAUACAAUCCAGCUGCCUGUUGGGAUGCAAUUGGUGGGUGGACUGUGGCAGGAGCAAAAGAUUCUUGAUGCCGGCCAUGCAUGGCAAUCCACGUUUGACUGGAUGAAUUUCAAUGCUGAGGAUGCCCCGAUUCAGAGACCACCGACGAGGCUUUGA